AUGAAUGACACCAAUGCAACCUCAAAGUUUCCUCAGCAACACUCCGACGAUGGAGUCAAGGCCUUGAGCAAACUUCUUCCAGUUGCCAUAGCAAUAGUUCUGGCAAAUGGACUCGUGUUUGUCUUGUUUUACCGGUGUCCCCGUCUCCGCACUUCUUCAAACUAUCUGCUUCUUAAUCUGGCAGUUUGUGACUUUUGUACUGGCGCUAUCGCCAUCCCAUACUUCAUCGUUUAUAGUUUUGCAAUUUUGCCAAAAGAAUUGCACUAUGGGAUAUACGCCUCACAUACAUUACUGGCUGUUUCAGGUGCUUAUCACAUACUCGUUAUUACUGCUCUCAAGUACUUAGCAACUGUCAGUCCACUAAAACACUAUGCGGUGACUAAGAGUUUGGUUUUGAAAAUUGUGCUCGGGGUUUGGAUCAUUUCUACGGUUUUUGCUGUCAUUCCUCUUGUUUGGCAAGAUACUAAAGCAUCUCAGCGUUGGCAGACCAUCCAUACUGCAGUUUGCAUUGUUGCAGUGUUCCUCAUCCCGCACAUAUUUAUGAUUUACGCAUUCGUAGCCAUGUUCAGAGUGAUAAAUAAUAGGCAGCGACCAUCGAUGGCUCAAAAUGACAUGUCACGGAACCAGAAGAAAAACAACAGUGACCGGAAGUGUAUUUUUGUUUUUUUAAGCAUGGCGAUUCUAUUUACAUGCUGCUCGCUCGCUUACUUUACCAUGUACUAUAUUGCUAUGGGAGUCCCAGUAUUGUUCAAUGUCUUAGAGGGAUUUAUGAUCAUUCGACACAUUACUUCUUUCGCCAACCCCCUGCUCUACACGUUUUUCAAAAGCGACUUCUGGUCCGCCUUGAAGAAUCUCUUGCGAGUCGAUAAAAAGGCCAGUUUUUCUGCUCAAAAAAUUCAAACCUUAUCUUCUAAUCUCAGAGGCCGAUUACGGUCAGGAUCAAGCGUCAACAACAUCACUUGA